UCUCUUUCCCAUUCAUUUUGUCCGGCAUUUUUCUUUUUCCCCCCAUUCCUCCUCUCCUCUUCCUGGACCGGCGAGAAGGGUAAAAGCCAUCGCUGACGAAAGACUAUUGCGAAACCUCAGUCCGCCGAUUCCUGAGACUUUCGAAUCUGGGCUGUAAGGGUAGGUGAUUGCUUGAUGAAUCUUUUUACUUCAUUGCCAAACUCUUCAUUUAUGCAUGGAGUCUUCACCCCCGUUCGAUGCCCCACGAUGAUUAGAAAUUCCACUGCCAUUUUCAAAUCAGGUCAGCUUCUCGUCGUCCUUGGAUUCAGGCUUAGACUUACAUUUCCACUCACGCAUAGAUUUUUUACAUCAACUGCUUCUUUUCCUCAAAGCCUUUCUGUAGAACAUGAUAUACCCGCUCAACUCUUCACCAUUCUCUCUCGCCCCAAUUGGCAGAAACAUCCUUCUCUGAAAAAUCUAAUCCCUUCUAUUGCUCCCUCCCAUAUUUCUGCUCUUUUCGCACUCAAUCUCGAUCCACAAACUGCUCUUGCGUUUUUCAAUUGGAUCGGACAGAAGCAUGGAUUCAAACACAAUGUUCAAUCCUAUGUUUCUAUGUUAAAUAUCCUUGUUCCCAAUGGGUACCUCCGCAUUGCUGAAAAUAUGCGAAUUUUAAUGAUCAAGUCUACGGAUUCAUCAGAGAAUGCGGUGUUCGUGUUGGAAAUGCUGCGGAGUAUGAACCGCCGGGUGGAUGCUUUCAAAUUUAAGCUCUCUCUUAGGUGCUAUAACAUGCUCUUGAUGUUGUUGUCGAGGUUUCUCAUGAUUGAUGAAAUGAAAAGUGUGUAUUUAGAGAUGUUGGAUGACAUGGUUACACCAAAUAUUUUCACACUCAACACAAUGGUCAAUGGAUAUUGUAAAUUGGGUAACGUAGUUGAAGCAGAGCUGUAUGUCAGUAAGAUAGUGCAAGCCGGUUUGAGUUUGGACACAUUUACUUAUACUUCUUUGAUAUUAGGAUAUUGUAGGAAUAAGAAUGUAGACGCUGCAAAUGCCAUUUUUCUAUCAAUGCCAAAUAAAGGUUGCCGCAGAAACGAGGUUUCUUAUACCAAUCUGAUUCAUGGAUUUUGUGAAGCCAGGAGGGUUGGUGAAGCUCUUAAAUUGUUUUCACAAAUGCAUGAGGAUAAUUGUUGGCCUACUGUGCGUACCUACACAGUUCUCAUAUUUGCAUUGUGUCAGUUGGGCAGGAAAACAGAAGCACUUAAUAUGUUCAAGGAGAUGACUGAGAAGCGUUGUCAGCCAAAUGUACAUACCUAUACGGUCCUUAUUUGUAGUUUAUGCGAGGACGGCAAUUUUGAUGAUGCCAAGAAAAUUCUAAAUGGGAUGCUUGAGAAAGGAUUGAUUCCAAGUGUAGUCACGUACAAUGCCUUAAUCGAUGGUUAUUGCAAGAAAGGAUUGAGUGCGAGUGCCUUGGAAAUUUUGAGUCUCAUGGAAUCAAAUAAUUGUAGCCCAAAUGCUCGCACUUAUAACGAAUUGAUACUUGGGUUUUGCAGGGCAAAGAAUAUCCACAAGGCCAUGUCACUACUUCAUAAAAUGCUUGAGCGGAAGCUUCAACCAAAUGUAGUUACCUACAACAUAUUGAUCCAUGGACAGUGCAAAGAAGGGGAUCUGGGCAGUGCUUAUAAGCUGCUUAGUUUGAUGAAUGAAAGUGGUUUGGUUCCUGAUGAAUGGACUUACGGCGUCUUCAUAGAUACACUCUGUAAAAGAGGGCUGGUUGAAGAAGCUCGUUCUCUCUUUGAGUCUCUUAAGGAGAAAGGCAUAAAGGCAAAUGAAGUAAUGUACAGUACUUUGAUUGAUGGCUAUUGCAAGGUUGGAAAAGUCAGUGAUGGUCGUUUCUUGCUUGAUAAAAUGCUUAGUGCUGGAUGUGUUCCAAAUUCAAUUACUUAUAAUUCCUUGAUUGAUGGAUAUUGCAAAGAGAAAAAUUUUAAAGAAGCUCGUUUACUUGUGGAAGUAAUGAUAAAGAGGGACAUUCAGCCUGCAGCUGAUACUUACACCAUUCUUAUAGAUAAUUUAUUAAAAGAUGGUGAGAUUGACCAUGCCCAUGAUGUGUUUGAUCAAAUGCUUUCCACAGGUUCUCAUCCUGAUGUAUUCAUAUAUACUGCAUUUAUUCAUGCAUAUUGUAGCCAGGGUAGACUAAAAGAUGCAGAGGUUUUAAUUUGUAAAAUGAAUGCAAAAGGAAUAAUGCCAGACACUAUUCUUUAUACAUUAUUCAUUGAUGCAUAUGGACGGUUUGGAUCAAUUGAUGGUGCUUUUGGCAUUCUGAAGCGUAUGCAUGAUGUUGGUUGUGAGCCAUCUUACCACACAUAUUCUUAUUUAAUUAAACAUCUCUCAAAUGCAAAGCCUAAAGAAGUAAGUAGCAGUUCAGAGUUGAGUGACUUGUCAUCAGGGGUUGCAUCAAAUGAUUUUUCCAACUGCUGGAGGAGAGUAGAUUAUGAAUUCACUUUGGAGUUAUUUGGCAAAAUGGUCGAGCAUGGGUGUGCACCCAAUGCUAAUACUUAUGGCAAGUUUAUUACAGGUCUUUGCAAGGUUGGAUACUUGGAAGUAGCUGACAGAUUGUUUGAUCAUAUGAAAGAAAAGGGACUAUCACCUAAUGAAGACAUUUAUAACUCUCUUCUCGGUUGUUCUUGUCAAUUGGGACUGUACGGGGAAGCAAUUAGGUGGUUAGACAUACUGAUAGAGAAUGGACAUUUACCACGUUUAGAUUCUUGCAAGCUGCUGCUUUGUGGUCUGUAUGAUGAAGGAAAUGAUGAGAAAGCAAAAAGAGUGUUUUGUAGUCUACUUCAGUGUGGGUAUAAUUGUGAUGAAAUGGCUUGGAAAGUACUCAUCGAUGGCUUACUUAAGAAGGGCCUUUCUGAUAAAUGCUCUGAUCUAUUUGGCAUCAUGGAGACACAAGGUUGCCAUAUUCAUCCUAAGACGUACAGUAUGUUGAUUGAGGGAUUUGAUGGUGUUCAGGAAAUUGAUUAAUCAUUUACAGUUUCGAGGACAACCCUAUUUUCUUCCAGUGGUGUAUACUGAUGAAUGCAAAAUCAUUACCCACUAGAUAAUUUAUCACCUUUGCUACUAACUCUCUAGUGAUUGAAGGUUGAUGUUGCUCAGGGAAGGGUACACAUUUGAAAUUUUUGAGUGGGUACCACACUAUGGGCAAUUGUGCUUGAACGAGUAGAACUUCUGUAAUAGUGGGAAGGUACAGGGACUUUUAGAGUUAAUAUCUUGAUGAAAGUUUAGACUUCAGUAGAAAGACUGCCCUCACUCUCUUAGCAUGUUACUAAAAAUUACACGUAAACCCCUCUAAUCAUAACCACCUCGUUCUAGUAAACUACCAGUUUUGAGCAAUUAUGCAUCAAUUACACAAAUGUAAGCUGCCAUAAACUUUCAACCAGGACAGAGCAAGAAGAAAUUGAUUGAAGCUAGCAUACUCGUUGUGAUAGUCAAACUCUCCUGUAGCUUAUUUAGAAGAGAGUUGAAGUGAUAAUAUCAAAGUAAUUAGGUGGAUAAAAUUUAUCCGACAUGCUUUUUCUGAGAGAAUAAUAUAAUAUAUUGACAAGGCCAAGGGAAAAAUACGAUGAGAUCUCCUAUUGAAAGGGUAAUAAUGGUUCCAUGGAAAUUUACAGUACUGAACCCCAAGCACUUUGAGAGGCUCCCAAAAUUACUCUUCCAAAUUCUUCCUAUCCCUCUUCUCCAUAAAUUGUUUCAUGGUGACGGGCAAAGAGUCAACAAGGGAGAAAGGGCAUGCUGAAAUGGGGAAAUUAAGAAGGGGAAAGUCAAAAGGAUCUGAUAAAUGCGACUUCAGGGCUCCGUACAGGACAAGGCUUCAGGAAGCUUUCAAGACCGAGUGAAUUCUUUUAUGCAAGGAAAAUUCUCUUCUCAGAGAUUUCAGUGGAGUUCAAAAAGAAACACUCUCGUCUCCAAAAGUACUUUGCGAAGGAAAUGUUGGAGGAGAUGGAUACCUUCUCAUCCACUCACUUAUAAACUAAAGACCUUAAUGUGAGCUUCUGAACUUUAGAGUUGUAUGUUGCUUAAGAGUUCUAGGAACAAUCUUCACCAACUGUUGUGGUGUACCCCCUUUGAGAAGGAGACAUUGACUCUCUUGUUUAAUGUACUCUUAAAAAUUUGGUUGCUGAGUUUAAAUCUUAUCAUUUAAGAUGAA